AUGACAAAUUAGAACAAGUUUUAGAUGACUAUGAGGAAGAAGAACUUAGCGAAAUUGAAGCUUAUAUGGCAGAUAGUCAAAAAGAAUAUGAGGAGAAAACUGACCUUUUACCUCUCGACUACAAUCCUUAG